AUGAUGCAAGAAGUGUUGGAUCAAGCAAUCGAGGACACAUGCCGAAAUUUUGGUCUGCUCUCCCCAUACAAUAAUGAUCUCAAUCGAGGAGACCAGGAAGUACAAAAUUCAGAACAGAAUCUGAAAGUGUUGAACACCAUAGAAGAUUUGACGGUUGACGAGGACUGUGGAAUAACAUAUGACGGAAUGAUCUGCAAAGAGAGAGCGAAAAAGUUUCCGACGUCCUACUAUCACGUCGAAGAGAUGAAUAAAGGACCAGUCGAUUACGCUCCUCGCCUGGCAAAAAUUCCAUCGCAGUAUCAACUUGAGUCGUUGACUGAGGUGUACAUGUGCGAUUAUCCUUCAAUAAACAAAUGCGGUGACUCACCACAUAAAGGAGAAUUAGAGGUUGAUGCACCUUCAUUAAACAUUCCACCAGAUCUGCGUAUUGCUCCAGCAACAACAACUAAUAUUUGCCAAGUGUUUUCGCAAUAUGUGUCCGAGAUGUUGUACUAG